AUGUCAGUUGAGGAAUUUUUUUAUAUAGGGGAAUAUGAAAUUUCAAAUGAUUUUUAGAAAAUGAAUUUCACACAAUAAAAGGAAACUAUACACAAGUCUAUAAAUAUUCGAUUCAUUAGUCUAUCUUUUGAGGUAUCUUAGUAAUAAGAGUUUAUAGUAAGUGACAAAAAAAAAUACUAGAUAAUAUUAGGAAAUUAUAAAAUCAUUUAGAGGAACUUUGAAAUUGAAAAUAGUAUAAGAUUAUUUAGUUAGAACGCAAUGUUUAAGAGAAAGAAUUCAUUCAGUAGCAAUAUCAGGUAAUUUAUUUGAAGUGUUAACCUAAAGAGAAUAAGGAUAUUUUGUUUUAAACAGUAAGAACCAAUUAGCACGAUGAAGAUUUAAUCAAACGUAUAAAUUAAUGUAAAAAAAUUUGUGAAGAAAUUUAAAGAUUGCAGGAGGAGAAUGAUAAUCUAUAAGUGGCAUUAGAAGCCGAAGUGAAACAUAAGAGUUCUCUUUAAAAACUAAAAUAAUCAAAAUAUAUAAAAGAUGGUAAUACGCAUAUACAAUUAUCACUUGAGCAUAACUAAGAACUUGAAACCAUUUAAAUUAAUUUAAUUUAUAAUUUUUCUGUUGAAUUAGAAAGUAGGGUGUUGUAUGAAAAGAUUAAAUAAGAUUAAGAUUAAAAAUAAAAAGAUUGCUAAAAGAGAAUUAAAUUCCAUCUAUAGCAAAAAACCAAAAAAUAUGAAUAAAGAGAAGGAAAAUUGUAAUUAUUUGAAUUAAAAGAACAAGAUAUAAAAAUACGAUAAAGAAAUUAGAAUUUGAUUUGUGAUCAAGCAAAUAACAUUUGUCGGAAUAAAAAUUAUAUUAAUAAUGAAAUUAGCAAAGCUAAUUCUGAGCUACAUGAGUUGAAACAAAAACUAGAAAAAUUAGAAUAUUAGCAAGAUUAGAGAGAAAAACUUUUAAAUUAAUUCAAUGUGUAACAAAAGUAGCUCAAAAUUUAGUAAUUAGAAUUAAUUAAAUAUGAUCAACAAAACACAAUAAAUAUAUUGGAAAAGCACAUAUUAUUAAAAAAAAUAGAAAAAUUGAUUAAGUGGAAACAUAAUCCAUUAUUAGCAUAUCAGAAUUGGAAAAGAUUGUAGAAUAGCUGAAUAUAAAAAGAGAAAAUGAUAAAAAAGAAAUUUCAGAAUUAUCUAUUAAAUUGUAGAAGGUGCCCUUAGAUAUAAUUAGAAGUACAUGUAGUAAGCACUAGGCUAAAUCCUCUAAUAUUGGAUAUAAUAUAUAAAAGAGUUGCUCCUAUUUUCAACAAUUAAACAAAUACUAAGUGAUGUCCAAAAAAAAGAAGAUAGCAGUUAUAUAUUAUACAUGCAAGUAAUUGUGACAGAAUUCAAAAACCAAAAAGAAAUAAUUGCCUUGUAAAGUGCUUGA